AUGCCUUCGUUUGAACCAUUGAAAAACGACUUAUUAUUAAGAGCCGCCAAAGGCGAAAAGGUCGAAAGACCUCCUAUUUGGAUCAUGAGACAAGCAGGUCGUUACUUGCCUGAAUAUCAUGAAGUUAAAGGAGGCAGAGACUUCUUUGAGACUUGCAGAGAUGCAGAGAUUGCUUCUGAGAUCACCAUCCAGCCAGUAGACCACUUCGACGGUCUUAUUGAUGCUGCCAUUAUCUUCUCUGAUAUCUUGGUGAUCCCACAAGCUAUGGGCUUUGAAAUCAACAUGAUCGAGGGUAAAGGUCCUGUUUUCGCUGACCCUUUGAGAUCUCCAAAGGACAUUGAACGUAUCAACUUGAAGCCAGACGUGGUGAAGUCUUUGGACUGGGCAUACAAGGCCAUUACGCUUACAAGAACCAAAUUGAAGGGUAGAGUGCCAUUGUUGGGUUUCUGUGGUGCUCCAUGGACGCUUUUGGUGUACAUGACUGAGGGUCAGGGCUCUAAGAUGUUCCGUUUCGCCAAGCAGUGGCUUUACGAGUUCACCAAGGAGUCUCACCAGUUGCUCCAGGCUGUGACUGACGCCUGUAUUGAGUUCUUGGCCCAACAGGUCGUUGCAGGUGCUCAGAUGUUGCAGGUGUUUGAGUCUUGGGCCGGCGAGUUGGGCCCUCACGAGUUUGACGAGUUCUGCUUGCCUUACUUGCGCCAGAUCGCUGCUAAAUUGCCAAAGAGACUUGAGGAGCUCGGCGUCAAGGAGAAGAUCCCACUCACAGUGUUUGCCAAGGGUGCUUGGUACGCUUUGGACGAAUUGUGCGAGUCUGGCUACGACACUGUGUCGUUAGACUGGCUCUACAAGCCGGAAGACGCCGUCAAGAUCGUCAAUGGCAGAAGAAUCACAUUGCAAGGUAACUUGGACCCAGGUAUCAUCUACGGUUCCGACGAGGUGAUUUCGCAAAAGGUCGAGCAGAUGAUCAAGGGAUUCGGUGGCGGCAAGCAGAACUACAUUGUCAACUUUGGCCAUGGUACCCACCCAUUCAUGAAGCCCGAGAAGAUCGAGCACUUCCUCAAAGAGUGCCACCGUUUCGGCUCUGCCUAA